AUGAACCAAGCCACAAGGCGCGUAGCGUCGCAUAUCCUCCGCAGACCUCGCAACACGGUACUUCCAAGAUGCUCAGGAAGAUGGAACUCCACAUUUGAACAGAGAGAAUGGUCCACUCCGCUAGCAAAAACAUUGGCCAGUGUCAUGAAGGUCACCGGUCCCGUACCAAUCGCAGCGUUCAUGCGCCAGGUUUUGACUUCCCCAGAUGGCGGAUAUUAUACAACUCGAGGGGAGAACGGAGGUGUAUUCGGCAAAAAUGGUGAUUUCGUCACAUCACCCGAGAUCUCCCAAGUCUUUGGAGAGUUGAUCGGUAUAUGGACGAUCGCAGAGUGGAUGGCACAGGGGCGGACGAGGAGUGGUGUACAGCUGAUGGAGGUUGGUCCAGGAAAAGGAACUCUGAUGGAUGAUAUGCUGCGGACUUUCCGAAACUUCAAGUCCUUUUCUUCGAGUGUUGAGGCUAUUUAUCUCGUGGAAGCUAGCGGGACUCUCCGAGAAGUGCAGAAGCGGUUGCUGUGCGGCGAGGAGGCUGUGAUGGAGGAGACAGAUAUCGGACACCGGAGUAUGUGCAAGUACUUUGAUGUACCCGUCAUCUGGGUUGAGGAUAUUCGUCUCCUGCCACAUGAGGAAGGCAAGACACCCUUCAUCUUCGCACAUGAAUUCUUCGAUGCGCUUCCAAUCCAUGCAUUCGAAUCUGUUCCGCCAUCUCCGGAGAACGAGCAGGCCAACGAGCCACGAAAGAUCAUGACUCCCACCGGCCCAGUAGAACUCCAUAAUCCACCUAAACACGCGAACACCCCGCAAUGGCGUGAGUUAAUGGUGACAUUAAAUCCAAAAGCCGUCGAAGAGAACAUCAAAGGAGAGCCCGAGUUCCAAUUGACCAAAGCCAAAGCUUCCACGCCAUCAUCGCUAGUGAUCCCAGAGAUCUCUGAGCGUUACCGAGCACUCAAAUCGCGGCCAGGCUCGACCAUUGAGAUCAGCCCUGAGAGCCGGAUCUAUGCUGCGGACUUUGCUCGUCGUAUCGGAGGUGAUUCUGCUUCUUCGCUUGCUGGUAAAAAGACCUCUGCUUCUAGCCCACCCCCGUCACAGAAAAAGACACCAUCUGGCGCGGCCCUGAUCAUGGACUACGGGACAUUGUCAACCAUCCCCAUCAACUCGCUGCGCGGAAUCAAAAACCACGAGAAAGUGGCAGCACUCUCAGAACCAGGGCGAGUAGAUGUCAGCGCGGAUGUGGAUUUCACUUCGCUUGCCGAAGCGGCCAUCGAAGGCAGUGAUGGCGUCGAGGUCCACGGUCCUGUUGAGCAGGGUGACUUCCUCGGGGCUAUGGGAAUUGAGGAGCGCAUGCGGCAGCUACUCCGUAAGGUGAAAGACGAAGAGCACAGAAAGACACUAGAGACCGGCUGGAAGCGAUUAGUCGAGAAGAGCGGCGGGUCAAUGGGACAGAUCUACAAGGUCAUGGCCAUUGUACCUGAAAAUGGAGGACAGAGGCGACCUGUUGGAUUUGGAGGCGGCAUUCAAAUGUAG